UGCUCACAAUCUGCUUGAGGAAGUGUUGCUAGAAGGAUGGGGUUGGUCAAGAGGAUUAACAACUUACACACAGACCUCCUUGGGGAUGUUUUUGGGGAAAUAGGCCUGCUUAAAUGUGACCCUGUCAAAAUAGAACUGAAAGCAGACGCAGAGCCCUACAGCCAGGCAACGCCACGCCGCAUCCCAUUUCCGCUUCUAGCGAAGGUCGAAAAAGAACRGAAGCGGAUGUUGGACAUGGGCAUAAUAGAAGAAGUUACAGAGCCCACGGAUUGGUGUGCCCCCAUGGUUCCUGUCGAGAAGAAAAACAGAGAUCAAGUAAGAGUGUGCGUGGAUCUGAAACGCUUAAACAAAGCAGUGAAACGAGAGCGCUUCAUCCUGCCAACUUUGGAAGAUAUUGCUCCAAAGCUGGCUGGAGCUAAGGUGUUUUCCACAUUGGAUGCUUCAUGUGGAUUUUGGCAGAUUCCUCUGGAGGCAAACAGCAGAAGGCUGACGACAUUUAUAACCCCCAUCGGCAGAUUCUGCUUCAGACGGCUGCCAUUUGGAAUCACAUCAGCACCAGAAAUUUUUCAGAGACAGUUAUCCUUGCUGCUAAAUAAACAUGAAGGUGUUGUCGUAGUGAUGGACGACAUACUCGUUUAUGGAGCAACUAAGGAGGACCADGACAACCAUUUGAAUGCAGUUUUGAAGACCAUCAAAGACAGUGGCUUGAAGCUGAACAAAGCAAAGUGCCAUUUCGGCAAAUCUGAGACUCGGUACUUCGGUCACAUCAUCAGCGCUGAGGGCAUAAAGCCAGACCCCACCAAGGUGGAGGCCAUCACCAAGAUGCAGAGUCCUACAAAUGUGGAGGAGCUUCGCCAGGUCCUGGGCCUGAUUAAUUAUGUAGGCAGAUUUCUGCCAGACCUCUCCACCGAACUAUACCCAAUCACCAGCCUGUUGAGGAGAGAGAACAAGUGGGUAUGGGAUGAGGCACAAGAACAAGCAUUUAUCUCUGUUAAAAACAUGCUUGUGUCAGCCCCAGCUCUUGCAUAUUAUGAUGCAAACAGGAAAACCGUCAUCAGUGCUGACACGAGCAGCUACGGAUUAGGAGCAGCACUACUGCAAGAACACGAAGACGGCUUAAAGCCAGUGGCAUUCUGCUCCCGCACGCUGUCUGAUACUGAGAGGAGAUACUCUCAAAUCGAGAAAGAGUGUUUGGCAGGUGUGUGGGCAUGUGAACGAUUUGCACGCUAUGUUCAGGGAAUGGACAGUUUCCGUCUACAAACAGAUCACAAACCACUUGUGCCGCUGAUAAACACAUACGACCUGGAUAAGGCCCCUCCGAGAUGUCAGAGACUCCUGAUGCGCCUUUUAAAGUUCAACGUGGUAGCAGAACACGUCCCUGGGAAGCAGCUGGUUGUGGCUGACACACUAUCCAGGAGGCCGCAAAGACAUGUGAGUGAUGAGACCACAGAGCACG